GCUUAAAAUACCAAUUCCAGUUGUUUCUUUCAUUUAAAGGUUCUAGUUUUAGUUUAUCUAAAAUUGUUGAAACGAAUUGUUAUUAGUAAUUUUCUUUUCUUUUGUUUAAGUUAUUUUUUAAAUUUUCCUUCAUUUUAAUCUUGCUUCUUUACCUUUUUUACAUCUGUUAAUCUUCAUUAUAACCCUAUCAAAUUAUUUAACCAUGACUGAUAAGGAUGUGGAUGAAUAUGAAUUUGAAUAUACCAAGAUGAACUCUCUGUUUUAACCUACUUCUCACACCUGUAAUCAUCCACUUUCAUAUCAUUAAAUAUCAUCAUGGCUACAAUGGAAAUACGUAAGGUUACCAAAACAACUCGAGUAAUCAAUCAAAGACAAUUGUCAGACCGAAAAAAGCCUGUUGGAGGUGGAUUAUCUCUUCUAUAUGGUAAAGAUUUGAAGGAAUACGAAAAUAUACCCAUUGAGGAUUUGUUAAACCAAUUGACGGAAGAGGAAUUAGAACAGUUAAGCAAUGAUGUUGACCCAGAUGAUUCCCAUAUUCCACCUUCAUUGAGAUGUAGAGAGCAAACCAAGAAAAGUCCAACUGGACCUUUGGAUAGGAAAAAAUUGUUGGAGUUUCUCAAAAAUUAUGCCCUCAACCAAGAAGAUUGGCCAGAAAACAAGCCUUUCCAACCUGGUGUAAAGAGAGGUUCUGUAUGGAAACCCAAGGAAAUGCCCAAAGUUUCUGACGAGGAAACUCGGAUAAUGCUUGAUUUGGAUGACGAGUCCAGUGAAGCUUUGAAGAAUGCAUCCGAAUCCGAUCUUGUUGAUCUUGCUGGUAUUUUGGGCUUACACUCCCUAUUAAAUCAAGACCAGUUUUACGCUUCCAUCACCAACAAAGGUCAAGGAUCAGAGGCAAAAUUUGAAUCAAUUGUGAGAGCAACAGUUCCCAAGAAAGUACCCAAUCUACCAGACAAUGCCACUGAUGUUGGUAAAACAGCCAAACAAGUUGUUGAAAAUGACAAAAAGUUACAAGAACUUAACUGGAAUAAUAUUAAACACAUACCAAGAGAUUCAUUCAAGAAAUUAUUUGAAGGGCUCAAGUCAAAUACAACUUUGCAAACGUUAGAUUUGGCCAAUACUGGAUUGACUGAUGGUCCUACCGCGGUAUUGGUCGAAGCCCUCAAAGAAAAUAAAACAUUGACCUGUCUCAACUUGGAAUCAAAUUUUUUGUCUGGUCCAAUGGUCAGGGAUGUUGUUGCAGCUAUUAAUGUUAAUCAAACGAUACGUGAAUUCAGAGCUUCCAAUCAAAGACCUGCCAUUCUCGGUAAUCGAAUUGAAAUGGAAAUAGCGAAAUUGAUUGAACAAAAUAACACACUGCUUCAACUUGGUUUACAUCUUGAUGCUCCUGAUGCUCGUAUGAGAAUAGCUCAACAAUUACAGAAGAAUAAAGAUGUCUUGAGACUUCAAAGAAUCGGAUCUAAAUCAAGUGUACCAAGUCAAGACAAGGAUUUAGUCUCUGUGUGAAAACAAAGCUAGACUUGAGGAGGUGAGACAAAGUAUUUUUGUUUGGCUCGUGAUGCAUCACUAACAUCAAUUUUACGUUAAUUUCGCCAUAUUUUCUCGAAAUUAAAGAGUUUAUUCAACAAAAGGCUAUUCAAGUCGAGCUGUAUUUUAUUUGGCUAAAACUAUCACGUCCAUUCGAAUGUCGUUAUCUCUAGACAUUUCAUCGUACUAUUUCUUGAACCUCUUCAUCUGGUAUCGUCGUCUCCUCCUGUUCACGCGCUUUUCAUCAACAAGUAAUGCUCACUAAGACCUGAGUAUCUCACGUUUUGGAUUUUGUUCACAAUCCUGAUUAAAACAUUCAUCACCAAGAUAAUUGUAGAUUAUAUCUAGAAACUUGAUUUUUUUGACGCAGACAAACAAAAAAAAAAAUGAAUCCCAUGCUAUCAAGGGACAGCUAAUUAAUGAUCUGACUUUGAUUUAUUUACAGUAAAAUAAAUCCUCAAUGUAAUGUAAAUGCAUGCCAAUUUCUGGUGAAUACUAAAAGCUUUUCAAGCCAUUUCAUUCAAUUAGCAAAAACACCUUUUUUCUGUAACUUUUUUCUCUCACAUUCUAUCUGCCUCCAAAUCUCUCAGCUAAUAUUAUUGAUUCACCAGGAAGUCUUUUUUUGCAGGGUGUAUCAUGUACAUGGUCUUGAGAUUAUCUCAAUUGGGUACAAUUAAAGGAUGACCAUCAAGUCACGCUUUUUAUUUCAA